AUGGAGGCGGUGGACCCCGAGGUCUAUGGCGAGGCGGAGCAGAGGGAGCGGUGGGUGGACGCCGACCUCCGUCGCAUCGCGGGCGACGUAGAAGAAGGUGGCGGCUUCGAGUGGAAGCCGCACGCCGUGGGCCGCAACCGCCGCGACCAGUGCUUCGUGCACAAGGCCAAGGGCGACCCCGUCUGGUGGAUCAAAGUGGUGGGCGAAGUCUUUGCUGAUGAAGCCGAAGUAAAGGAUGAAGUCGCCAAGAAGACAAACACGAAAGAGGUCGACGACGACGACGAGGAGAAUGAAGAGAACGAAGACGAGGUCCAACCGCACCCACUGCUGCGCAACGUGGACAACUUACUGGACGAAGGUCUGCACGUGCGGCAACAUGAGUGGCACCAGCUCUACGUCGACGGGCGCAUCUUCGAGCGGGUGGACGACCAGGCGGAGCUGUGCUACUUCCAGUACGCGUCGCCCAUCUUCUUCGUCUCCGGCCGCGACACCUGCUACAUCAAGAUGCGACGCGAUCUCGACGAUGGCGGAUUCAUCCUCUCCUAUCGCAGCAUUCGACACGACGACUGUCCGCCGCACAAGGACUAUGUGCGGCUAGAGUUCGAGGGAGCGCACAUGAUCACGCCUCUGAAGGAUCGCAAGGGCUUCACCUACACCUACAUCCAACAUGCCGAUGCCAAGGGGAGGCUGCCCAAGGCGAUGGCCAACGGACCGCAGGCGGACGUGAUGCUGAAGGAAAUCGAAGGCGUGCGCAAGGCCAUCCGCAACCCGCUCUUGGGGCGACCCUAA